CAUAGAAGAUGCACUUCUAGUAGAUAAUUGUAGCCUAAGUUUAUCAGUGUUUUAGUUGUAGUAUUGUCAUGCAGUUACUAAAAUGUAUAGCAAGACACUAAAGAAUGGCUGUGUUGUUUUCACCCCAUACCUCAUUUUUAUUACAUACGGGCCUCUUAAGGCUAUUACUGUUAAGUGAUCUAUUUUGGUCAACAGUUUACUAAUAAAAUACUGUUAAAAAAUGCAGAAUUUUUAAUUAAUUUUUUUAUAAAAGACGCGUGCAGUAAAGUACUUUGUUACAUCGGUUAAAACAGUUACUAAUUUAUUGUAGAAAAGUUUAGUAAAGAUUAAUUAAUUAUGAAUGACAGAAGUGGUAGGAGUUGAGUAUUUAUUUUUUGUACCGAUUUGUGAACUCUAUGUUUUCAGUAGGAGGUCUUAGAGCCAUUAUAACCUUCGCCAACGCUUUUGUGACGUUGAAUGUAAGUAGCCUGCACACGACCAUGUGCAACUGUCAAUUUAUGAGUUUUUAUUUUAGCCGUUCCCGUUUUCUCGACCGUUUGGACGACUUAUGCCUAAGAACCUAGUUUUAGAUUAUAUUACUCGAGAUACAUCACGUUAUAUAGAUUACAUGUAACAAAUACAAUCAUAUUCUAUUACGCUAUUCAUUGCGAAAAGUUGUUCUAACAAUUUAUACUACUACUGGACCUAAUUAUAAUUUUUUUUUAACACCUAUCUAACAUCAUAGGCCUAUUCACGUUCACCCUAUGUUUGUUUAGGUUAUAAGGUACAAACAUUCAAUUACUUUUAAAUUAUAAAGCGAUUACUCUACAAGGGGUUCGUAAAUUUCGGAAGGAAUGAGUUACUCAUGAAGCACAAAUCGUGAAGGAUCAGAGGGACUAGAGGUAUAUCUAAAACGACUACACAAAUAAGCCCAAUGUUUACUAAUAAACGAAUAGUAUUGGCUGUAAGUGGAUAGGGUGUGAUGAUGGGUAGGGGGGGAGAGGAAGCGUCACAAACUCCGGUGGGAAUGAGGUCUACAUAAUCGCCAGCUUUAUUAAGUGCUCUUACCUGAAAGAAUCCAUAAGAAACAGAAGAGCUGAUGUUGUUGGUGGCGGUCGCGCGCUCUCAGUCAAUUUGCUCAGCCAUAGCGGGCCGGGCGCCCCUCCCCCCGACCAAUGAGAGACCAGGGCACGCCCCUCCCCUCUCCCGGGGUACUGCACCCCCAGAGGGCCACGGUGGUCGUCAGUCACACGCCGCUGACGGUGCCGCUUCCAUGUGUGUUGAAAUGGACGACGGACGCCUGUUCUUAGGCUACCACCACGUGCAGUCUGCCGCGUCUUUCGAGAGCCCAUUGGACUUGCGGGGUCACUUGAGUCCACCGGCAGCGCCGUCCAACUUGUCGUCCCCCAGCACUGCCGAGGAGUCCGACCCUGACAUAAACGUGGACUCGGACGACCCGGAGGACGCUUCUCUACGGAACGAUCUCGCCGUAUUCAGGGCGCGCGCGGACUACGCAGACUUCCAGAGACACUACGGCGUCACCUCGGACCAGACUAGAGUAGAAGAACCGACGCAGGAGGAGGAAGAAAAGAAGUCGACCUCCAACUUGGUGAAGCCGCCGUAUUCCUACAUCGCACUCAUAACCAUGGCCAUUCUCCAGUCACCACACAAGAAACUUACCCUGAGCGGUAUCUGCGAGUUUAUCAUGUGUAGAUUUCCCUACUACAGAGAGAAGUUCCCGGCGUGGCAGAAUUCUAUCAGGCACAACCUCUCAUUGAACGAUUGCUUCAUCAAGAUUCCCAGGGAACCGGGAAAUCCGGGAAAGGGAAACUACUGGACCCUAGAUCCGAUGGCGGAGGAUAUGUUUGAUAAUGGGAGUUUUCUGAGGAGACGUAAACGCUACAAGAGGCAACCUCCGGAGUUUCUUCUCCGAGAGCAUCACGCCGCAGCGAUGGCAGCGUCCUUCCUGGGACCGGAUCCUUAUCACCCGGCACUUCAUCCCGCCCUGCACACAGGACCGUACCCGUACCUCUCGCCGCUACCACCGGCCGUGCCGCUUCUACCUCCUGCCGAUCUAGCCAGACUGUCAUUGGGACUCAACCUCCUGACCAGCUCCAGCCAGACCAUGCCCUGCAAGCCGGUCCCUGUCACCGCCUCCUCGGCUCUUCCCUUACCGAGGCCGGUGUUCAGCAUAGACUCGCUCAUCGGUAAGAGCGCCCCCAAGCCUGUCAAGCCCGCCCCUAAGGUUCCUGACCACCUUGGCCUCCCGCCCGUGAAUGUCACCAGGAGCCUGGACUCUGCCUUCACUCCACUUUCUACCGCCUGGGCCCGGUGAGCCCAGUGGACCCUUGCUGACGCUAGACUUUAGUGUAGAUGUGAGUACUAACACAUUUGUUAACACAUUGAUUAUGUAGCACCACGCAAGAAUCAAAACCUUCACGUUAAUCGUAAGCUGUUUGAAAAUAACCAUACGGAAAAAAUAAAGGACAUUUUGGAAAUAUUGGUAGCAAAGCAUAAUAAUGUCCAAUAUUGUUGUAAGAUAUGCUGUAAAUUAAUUAAAAAAAUCUGAAACCCAACAAUAAAAUGAUGGAGCACCAUAUAAGUUAUAUCAAACCAAAACCUGCUUUAUUUACAAAAGGUGUUAAACAGCAAAUCCAUUGCGAUAAUUGUGAAGUGAUAUAAAAAUCACGAGUUUUAUAAGAUUUAGUACCGUUAAAUUAAUGAAGUCGAUUUUAAGUAUUUCGACAUAUUAGUUGUAAUUUAUACAACACUGUUUAUUAUUAAUAGGGUGUUAAAGUAACUUAUUAUAGGAAACAUAUUUUUUAGGUACAAAAGUGUAAUUGAUUCCAUAAUGUGCGACGUUACUGGCUGGUGUUCCAUUUCAAAAUUACUGAGCUAAUUAUGGUUUAUUAAUUUAAGCUAUAAUAAUUUAAAACCAGUAUUUUAAAGUUAAAUAAUUGUGUGAAAAUAAAUUCAUUUUAUUAAUCUACUUCAAAGUUGGCGUUAGUUUAUGGGUUGUUAUAGCCUAAUAGUUUUUCGUUUAUAUGGCUUAAAUUACGAUAUGUAAAUGUGUUCAUAAAAUAUUUUAGAUGUAGUAUUUCAUACGUUUCAAGCGUGUAUAUAAAUAUUUAAAUGUAUUGCUAUGUUUAGUUAAGAGCGUUCGGAAAUAUAAAGACGAUUGUAUAGUGUAAAAUCUCGUACUUAGUUUAGGGUUGAAAAUAGUUUUUAUUUAAUUUUACCUGUAUAACAGAAAACUUUUUAUAAACUUACUAACAAAUUCAUCUUAGGUAAUGACUUUCGUUCAAGUUAUUUUUAAAGUUCCUUUAAUUAAAUGAUAUAACAUGGUAAUAAAUUAUUAUUUGUGUAAUUAUAAUAUUUUAUAUAGCUUAAUGCUAAACUUAAGUUCUGAUAAGCUGAAACGCAUAAUGUUUGUUUCCCUCUGUGUAAGAAGUUUUGGGAGUAUUUUUGAAAGCAAUCGACAGGCCUAUUAUGAUUGCUGUUCUUGUGGCCUAUCACGGCUUACAUAAGUGUUUAACUAUGUACAUUAUUUGAAAUAAUAUCCUUUUCCUGUUGCUAUAUUGUUAUUA